GACCGUCUUUCGUCAAGAAGCCUGUGGGUGUUUGGACCGGCCUGCGAAACCAUGGAGGUCGCGAAUCAGGUCUCCGGACAGCCGGGACAGGCCAAAACAGGCCAAGCUUCCACCAAACCUCACGACCUCAAACCUCGCCUCCUCCUGAUGGGCCUUCGCCGGAGCGGAAAAUCCUCCAUCGCGAGUGUUGUCUUCCAUAAAAUGCCUCCCAAUGAAACCCUGUUCUUGGAAUCGACUACUCGUAUUCAGAAGGAUUCUAUCCACUCGUUCAUGGAUUUCCAGGUCUGGGACUUUCCUGGCCAACUGGAGUAUCUUGAACCUUCCUUUGAUCUCGAGGACAUAUUUGGCAGCCUGGGUGCUCUAGUUUGGGUUAUUGAUGCGCAGGAUGACUAUCUGGACGCCGUGGCGCGCCUCAACCGCACCAUCUUGACGGUUCAGCAGUAUUAUCCCAACAUCAACAUCGAGGUUUUCAUUCACAAGGUCGAUGGGCUCUCGGAAGAAUUUCGCACCGAUACCUUUCAGGACAUUGUCCAGCUUAUUUCGGAUGAACUUAGCGACGCUGGCUAUGAGAAUGCCCCGGUCCAUUACUACCUCACUUCGAUCUACGACUACUCGGUUUUCGAAGCCUUUAGCAAGGUCAUCCAGAAGCUUAUUCCGAACCUGUCGACCCUGGAAAACUUGAUCAACACCCUUGCCAACAACUGCGGUUUCGAGAAGACGUACCUGUUUGAUGUCCUGAGCAAGAUCUAUAUUGCCUCGGAUACUCGUCCAGUGGACAUGUCAUGCUACGAAAUGUGUUCGGACUACAUCGACGUGAUUGUGGACAUUUCGGAGCUGUACUCGUGGGAUCACCCAGACAGAAAGCACAAGGGAGAUCAGAAUCAGGAGGCCGAGAGCCAUGUUGUGCUGCAUGACGAGACCAUGAUUCAUCUAAUGGAAAUGAACAAGUAUCUCUGUCUUGUGUCGGUGAUUCGUAACCCCGAAGCCAAGGAAAAGAAGGGUCUGAUCGAUAUGAACUGCCGUACCUUCCAGGAAGCUCUGAACGACGUGUUUUCGCGCAGCUGGGAGCAGGACCAGGAGGCUGAACCCCACCAGGAUCACGUCGAGGAGGUGCAGGAGGAAAGACCGACGGCCCAGUAACUGAGUUAUCACCCUAGGCUGGGGGGCUUCUCUGGUUUUUUUUUUUUUUUUUU